AUGGCGCACAAAAAAUCUUUGGAAGCCCUUGAUCGCACUUUACAGGACUUAAGAAGUAAUAACAAAAUAUUUGGAGGUGCAUUAGUUCUAUUAGCUGGCGAUUUUCGUCAAACGCUUCCGGUAAUACCGGGAUCAACGCCAGCUGAUGAGCUAAAUGCAUGUCUAAAAUCAUCAUACCUUUGGAAACAUGUUCACACACUAAAAUUGACGACUAAUAUGCGUGUUCAGUUGCAACGUGAUGCUUCAGCUUCAACUUUUUCCAAACAAUUACUGGAUUUAGGGAACGGUAAAAUGCCAAUCCAUCCCACAACAAAAUGUAUAACAUUUCCAUCUGACUUCUGCAGGAUGACGCAAUCUAUACAAGAGUUAAUAAAUUGCGUUUUCCCCAAUAUCGGACAAAAUUUUAAAAACAAGCAAUGGUUAUGUGAACGCGCGUUACUGGCAGCCAAAAAUAUAGACGUUAACUCCAUCAACAGCAACAUUCUGAAUACCAUCGAUGGUAAUCUAAAAAUUUAUAAAUCAAUCGACACUGUUACAAAUAUUGAGGAUGUCGUCAAUUAUCCAGUAGAAUUUUUAAAUUCGUUAGAUUUGCCGGGCUUUCCACCACAUGACUUGCAGUUGAAAAUUGGUGCUCCUAUUAUUUUACUAAGAAACAUUGAUCCACCACGACUUUUUAAUGGCACUCGACUUAUAGUAAAGAAAUUAAUGAACAAUCUAAUCGAGGCGACCAUUAUAACUGGAAAGUACAAUGGAUCAGAUGUAUUGCUGCCACGUAUUCCGAUGAUAACUUCGGAAAUGCCAUUUGAUUUUAAGCGAUUGCAGUUUCCUAUUCGCCUAGCAUUUGCAAUGACAAUUAAUAAAGCUCAAGCAAAGUCCUACAAAGAACCAAAGAAGAUAACGUCUGACAGUUCCUUAAUACAAGAUGUAACAGUUAUUCCCAAUUUGGACAUGUCGCUUUUCCUAGCUAUGUUUGAUGAUCAGGAUCAAUUACUGGUGGAUGUUGCGACAAGAGCUGAGGCAGAAUUAUAA